GCUGGACAUUCCUUUCACAGGGGUGCGGAGGGAGCAGAUAUUCUGGGAUACCGCUGCCAGCACUUCGCAGGGAGACGUGUUUCUGCAGCGUUUUUCGAAAGCAGAAUUUCUUCGGGAAGUGAACUGUGAACUCUUAAAGGUGUUACUGUUGGAUCGAGGAAGUAGGGAGGGACACGUUUGGUUUUCCUUUCACCUCGUCCUCAACGUGAUUAGGUAUGAAGGUGUUAGUUGGCUGGUCCUUUAAAGUCCUGGAUCCAGUUUCCUCCCAGUCAUCCUGACCCGUCGCCUGCCGGAGCUGAGAGAGUUGGAUCGGAGAGAGAGAUAUAGAGACCUACUGGAUCAGAGAGAGAGAGAUAUAGAGACCUACUGGAUCAGAGAGAGAGAUAUAGAGACCUACUGGAUCAGAGAGAGAGAUAUAGAGACCUACUGGAUCAGAGAGAGAGGCCUAGUACCACAGAGAGGAACGUCAGAGAAUCGUAGAUCGUUAGAGGAUCCUCAGUCUUUAUGACCAGAUCUUUCUUAAUGUAACCCACUGUACAUGGGCAAGGAACUACUUUCUUAACAUAACCCACUGUACAUGGGCAAGGAACUACUUUCUUAACGUAACUCACUGUACAUGGGCAAGGAUCUACUUUCUUGGUCCUCCACUGAAAGCCAAACAACACCUAAACGGAUGAAUAUUUUUAUGAGGCACCUCCUUGUAGCAGAGAUGGGCCAGGACCAAACCAAGCAGCAGGUAGAGAAAGGCUUAAAGCUGUACCAGGCCAAUCAGACUGACAAAGCCCUGCAUGUCUGGACCAAGGUGCUGGAGAAGACCUCAGACCCCGGGGGGAAGUUCAGAGUGCUGGGCUGUCUCAUCACCGCUCACUCUGAGAUGGGGAAGUAUAAAGAGAUGCUCAAGUAUGCCUUGGCCCAGAUAGACACAGCCAGGGAGAUGGAGGACCCAGACUACCUGACUGAGGGCUACCUGAACCUGGCUAGGAGCAACGAGAAGCUGUGUGACUUCCAGAAGACUGUGUCCUACUGUAAGACCUGCCUCAACAUGCAGGGAACUACUGUCAGUCUGCAACUUAACGGACAGGUGUGUCUGAGCAUGGGCAACGCGUUCCUGGGCGUCAGUGUGUUCCAGAAGGCUCUAGAGAGCUAUGAGAAGGCCCUGCGCUACGCCCACAACAACGAUGACAAGAUGCUGGAGUCUAGAGUCUGCUGCAGCCUGGGGAACUUCUACAUCCAGCUCAAGGACUAUGAGAAGGCCCUGUUCUUCCCGUGUAAAGCGGCUGAGCUGGUGAAUGACUACGGUAAAGGCUGGAGUCUGAAGUACAGGGCCAUGAGCCAGUACCACAUGUCUGUAGCCUACAGGAAACUGGACCGCCUGCCUGAUGCCAUGGAGUGCUGUGAGGAGUCCAUGAAGAUAGCCCUGCAGCACGGGGACCGACCUCUCCAGGCGCUGUGCUUACUGAACUUCGCUGAUAUCCAUCGCUGCCGGAAUGACGUUGAUAAAGCAUUGCCUCGUUAUGAGUCCUCCAUGUGUAUAAUGACAGAGAUUGGGAACCGUCUUGGCCAGACCCAGGUGUACCUGGGGGUAGGGAAGUGUUGGCUCCAGCAGAAAGAAUUGGACAAGGCUCUGGAUGCUCUGCAGCGAGCUCAGGAGUUGUCAGAAGCUUUAGGAACCAAGCUGUGUAGUCUAAAGGUGCACUGUCUCAGUGAGGGGAUCUACCGCAGUAAGGAGAGGCAGGAGGAGCUGAGGGAGCAGGUUGUGAAGUUCCUGCAGUGUGUGGAGGAGCUGGAGCUGUACUGUGGAAUGUGUGGCGAGUCCAUAGGAGAGAAGAACCAACAGCUGCAGGCUCUGCCCUGCUCUCACAUCUUCCACCUCCAGUGUCUACAGAACAACGGUUCCAGGGGCUGCCCCAAAUGUCGUCGGUCCUCCAUGAAGCCUGGGUUUGUGUGAUGUUACGAGGCACGGUGCCUGGGAGUUGAGGACACUAUGUGAAGCCCCGACCUCAGUCACAUAGGAGAGCCAGACUGCACUUCUGAAUGGGCAGACUGCUGAACACAUAUCUGAAUGUCCUAACUAAACACAUAUCUGAAUGUCCUAACUAAACUGAUCACAGACUCGGAUACAGUUUGUUGACUGGCUACUGUGUUCAGAGGAUGUGCCACAGAAACAGGCACCAGCCCAUUACCUCGUCCCCGGGCUACUUGCUACCGACCGAGCGAGAGCUGGCUGGUAGACAAGACUAACAAUCCCAGGGUGAGGACAGACAGGACUGUACUUCAAGACACAGUCACAGUUCAAAGGUCACCACAGUGAACAUGACUCCUCAGACAGAUGAGGAUACAGUGAUAGCUUUAUUACACUGUUGUACAUGAUUUACUGUUGUUUUUUUUGUCAGAGGGUGAGGAGGAAGAAAUCCAAUAUACUUAAGUUUUGUGGACGUCUGUUUUAGAUAAAUCUGAUAGUUUAGCAUAAUGUUCACUUUACUUUGGGUUAGGGUACGCUGGAAGAUUAAUUGGAAAUUAUGUUAAACGUUAUUGUUUGGGAUAAAGUGAAAUCACUAGGAUUUUGGCCACACGUUCUAUUAUUCAAAUUGAACACAAUUGUAUUUUAAAUAUACCCCAUCGAAAGGCUAUAUGUUCUCUAUACAUGAUUACUGUAAAGUAGCUAAUGGCCAUAUGUCAUGAACAUAUUUCUGUACAACCGUUUUAUCAUCAGUUCUCAGUGAACAUAGUGUACGUUGUCCAAUCACAGUUGAGAACACAACACUUCAACUAAAGAACUCAAUCACGAAGAUCAAAUGCUGAUCAAAUGGACGGUCAGGAUACACUUGUGUUCGUUUGAUAAAAAUAUAAAAACUAUACUACUAGUAUUUGUCCUUAUUGCAAGUUGAAUUUUCACUUAGUCUCCCAUUAACAUCAGUGCAUGACUAAGUGAAAAUUGAACUCAAGUGGAAGUUAGGAUUCAACCCUAAGUGACUAAGGAGCAGUUCAACCCACAUUGUGUUAUUAAUUAUUAGGUGAGCUUGCUGAAGGCAAAGCACAACUCUAGAUUUAUAACACAUUAUUAUUAUUAUUCUGCCCGCUCUAGCGCUUAAACAAUUUAAGCUAUAAACAUGAAAACAACUUGCGAAUGUGUAGACUGCCCUAGCUUAGACUGCUUGAGAACAUGUUUUUGAUAGCAUUUAUACAUUUUGAACUAUAAUAUAAUAUUUAGAUGAGCUCCCAAUGCGUUUCAAUGAAAGAGAAAAAGGUCCGUUAGACUUGAUAAAGAAAUUAAAACUUCUAGACCCAUCUCCUCUUUCACUGUUUAAGCUAUCAACUCCAAACCAGAUGUUCAGACUGGCCCAACUCAGUAUGAAAACUCCUUUGAUAAGCAAUCUGCCUAUACUUUAGGAACUGUAGCCAUUUCAAAUGUGCAUAGAUUAGCAUGGGUUUGAAUGAGAACCAUGGGAAUACAGAGGCAGCUGUUCAAAAAGAUCCUGCUCCUUGGACAAUUAAGCUAAAAUACUAACUUUAAAACACUCAGGCUAUCCUAACUUCACAUGAUUUAACAUCUUUAUCAAGUAUAACUAUAUAAAAUAGCACACAACUAUUAUCCACAAGACUACUGAUGACAACUACUGACCACAUCCAUACUGUAGGGCCCAAAGAGCCUGCAACCCAAUCACACAACUACUGACCACAACUAACUGCUCUGGUCCGCACUAUAAAUUAUAAUUAUUUAAAUGUUCUACAUUUGCAUAUAAUACCCACCAACGGCUCAAGAUAGAGACACCAAACCCAAUUUCGAAUGCUCAGGAUACCCUAUCCUGUCAAUCUAUCUUUUCAUCUACCUACUUUUUCAACUAUAACCAGUCACUACCAUUACUACUGUAGACACUACCACUACUAUAACCAGUCACUACCAUUACUACUGUAGACACUACCACCACUAAAAGUUAAAUCAAAACAUACUUUAAAACAAGCUAGCAAGCACGCCACAUUUUAUUCAGGAAAUGUACUUUUCUAGUUAAGUUUCGAUUACUUUUUCUAUCCAGCAUCUAUUUCUGGAAAACUAAAAAUAUAUGUUUCUUUUGAGUCUAUAACACUACAACAGUAUUCAAAGCAAAACAUUGUUGGGAAUUAAACACAAUUAGAUCAUGUAUUAUUGGGAAAAGGAUGUUGUCUGACCAAUCACUUACAUGUAGAAUACUAAGAAACUGUAAAGACAUUUUCAUUUAUAUAGAUGUUGAAGCUCUGGUGUAAAUAAGAUUGGUUCUGAUGGUGAUUAUUAGCAGUAACACAAUGUGGAUAGUUGUUGAAGCUCUGGUGUAAAUAAGAUUGGUUCUGAUGGUGAUUAUUAGCAGUAACACAAUGUGGAUAGAUGUUGCAUGUGUACUUUGCCAAGUUAUCAAACGUUUUAUUAAUAUACAAAUGAGUUUUUUGAUUAUCGAAAGUCACACUUUAUUUAAACACAAUGGCUUUUCUAUUUUAUUGAUUGAUAAUAUUCAUAUUUAUAUCAUUGUUAAUCACCAUUUUUUCUUACAGAUUUCCAAUAAUUUUAAGUAGAUUGUAUGAACAUAUACACCAACAAUAUUGCGGAGUUUUUUCAUUUGACAAUCAAUCCUAACUUAUCUGGAAUGCAUUGUUUUAACUUAAUUCACUUUGUUAAAUGUGUAAGAAAUAUAUUUUACUGGAAUGCAUUGUAACUUUCUAGAAUUAUUGUUUUGCGUCAUAACUUUGUUAAAUGUGUAAGACAUAUAUUUUAUGAUGUAACAUUUUGUAAUUUUAUAUUUAAUCCAUUUCGAUAUAAUGAUACAUCUGGUCAAAAUGUUUUGAUUAUAAAAUGGAAUAUGAACUAUUCUUAGAAUGUAUUUAUUCUCGUCUUUUUAAUAAACCACCACAUUUACAUAUAUGAACAUUGUAGAUGAUCGUUUGACUUUAUCUAGUUGGUGUUAAAGUUAAGACAGACAAAAUAAUGUAUUAUCUUUUCACACCUUCAUGUGACAUAAUGUAGGCCUGUAUGAUGUGUAACAUAAUGUAGGCCUGUAUGAUGUGUAACAUAAUGUAGGCCUGUAUGAUGUGUAACAUAAUGUAGGCCUGUAUGAUGUGUGACAUAAUGUAGGCCUGUAUGAUGUGUCACAUAAUGUAGGCCUGUAUGAUGUGUAACAUAAUGUAGGCCUGUAUGAUGUGUAACAUAAUGUAGGCCUGUAUGAUGUGUGACAUAAUGUAGGCCUGUAUGAUGUGUAACAUAAUGUAGGCCUGUAUGAUGUGUGACAUAAUUUAGGCCUGUAUGAUGUGUAACAUAAUG